UGGUGGGAAAGUGCCGCUACUGGUUCGCAAUGGUACUGUAAUCGGUUGUACAGCGCAAAAAAGGGGCAAUGUUAGUUGGACGCAGAAAACCGGAAACAUGGGUGCACAGCUUUUCGGUGGACAGUGAAACGCGCAGGCACAAGGGCUUCACAAUCUAUCGCAUCACUUCCAUUGUGUUUCCCCGUUCCGUGCCGCAGGCACUCACGCGCGUCAUUCUGUGGAAGCGGUUCAGUGAGGUGAAGAAGCUGUAUAAAGAACUGGUCCGGCGUCACCGGGAGCGACACUUGUCGGGUGCUGUACCAGCGCUGGGCGAACAGUCGUACUUCAAGCGCUUCGAUCCGGCCGUCAUCGAAGAAAGGAGACGGUACAUUCUACGCCUGCUGGACUAUGCCGGCCAGGAACCGGUCCUCUAUCGUUCGUAUGCCUUUGUGAGCUUUUUCGCCCACGGAAUAUCUCCCGAUGACGACGACGAGGAUGGCGUGGACGAUGAAGGCGAGGAGAGUAGUGGCAAGGAGAUAGAUGGAUCGCCACUGACGGUGGUAGCGGGGCCACGAAACGGGCGUAGUAAUAUCGCGACAAUAAGGCAAUCGCUCGGAAUUUGUCGACAGGACGAGCUGAGUCUGAUCGAUCCGAGGCUCGAUAACGAUGCUGGCGAAGGGACCCGCUGUUCCAGUACGAGUGCGGGUGAGGUGGAUGAUGGUGACGAAGUGGACAAUUGCCACGGCGUUCCGGUUGCCACCGCAAUGGAUGCCAGCAGUGGAUCACUGAUGGAUUCGAUGAUUUCGGAAUCGGGCUCGAUCUCGGAGGAGUCCGCAUCACUGCGCCCGGCGACAAGUGAGAAAGCAUCGGAGGAGGCGAUGGACUAUCUUGUGGAUGCGGCGAUGGUGUUCAGCAAAGCGGUGGAGGCCGAAGCCAACGGUGAUUACAAGCAAGCCCUCGAUCGCUACAGAGUAGGCAUCGAUCGGUUGCUGAGCGGUGCCAAGGAUGACACGAACGCGACGCGCAAGAAAAUUGCAAAGGAGAAAAGCUGCAAAUAUGUGGCGAAAGCGGAAGAAAUCUACGAACGGUAUUUACAGGAUGAAGGUGAUGAAGGCGGUAGGCCAACGGUUCGGCAGCAGCAACACCAACCGAUGAGUCCGAUUUCUCUCGACGAUCCUAGCUCACCGAUACAGCUACUCGAGCGGCCGCUAAACUAUCUGUCGCGUUACAAAGUGGUCAAGGUGAUAGGCACCGUCAUGCAGGUGCAGGAUGUGACGGACAAAAAGUUUUACAUCAUGAAAAGCAUUCGGCGACCACUGGCAGGAAUCUCAUUUUCGGGCGCUGCCGUCUUCCCCCAGGAUGUACCGUACAUGGUGCCGCUGGUGGCGUUCUUUCAGUCGACGGAUGGAAGCAUUUUCCUGCUGCUCCGGCUGAUCUGUGCCGGCAAGCUUUGGGAUUUCAUCCGUACGUACCGCAAACCGGAAAGCUACUGUCCAUCGCCUGAGCAGACGGAAGAAGCGCUUUCGUGCGCAUCGGAGCACGAGUUGGAAGAGAAGGUAGAUGAACAGGACGACAGCUCUCACCAGCUCCAGCGUACUGAAGGAUCACCAGCCGCUAACGAAAGAGGUGACUCCGGCUAUUUGGAGCUCAUCAACCAGUACAGCCGGAACGGUGCAGAAAAUAACGCGGAUAGAAGAAGCUUACAUUCCACUGCUGACAAGACUGAGCAAUCGCGGAACGACGAAGCUACGAACGAUGAUGCGGCGUUCGCCACAGACGAGGUAGGCACGGAAGUCCAACCGGACGUUGAGCAGGCAGAAGCAGUUGAAGAAGAACAACAGGUCAUUCCCUCGUUCGAUACGCUGUCGAAGGAUAUGGACGUGCGGGAGUUGCUGUCCUGCAGCCAGCAGCUGCUGAAAGCUGUAACGCAAACAUUGGAAGAAUCUACGGAACAAACUACGGAACCGCCGCUCGAAACGGAGGACAGCUCUGCCGGUGGAACUUCAAACAGUAUUGAAGAGCGCCACGCAAACAGUAAAUCUCAUUCUAGUCAAUUAGUUUUAGCGAAAAGAGCUGGCACGAGUAUUAAUGAUGGUGACCAGGUCACCACACCACAGUGCACCACUAAUGAUCUCCUGCCGGAAGGAGUCAUUCGCCGUUGGAUUAGCGAGCUAGUGGUUGCGGUCGAUAGCUUGCAUUUCAAUGGAAUUGUCUGCGGUGACCUUACGAUGGACAAUCUGUUGCUCGGUCCGGAAGGGCAGCUGAUGCUGACGUACUUUCACCGUCGGGUGGAAUCGUACUUUACACAAACGGGGGCCACCGUUCCGGUGGCUCCGAAUCAAGCUGCCGUUCGGGAAAUGUACGUGGCUCCAGAGCGCCCGCUCGAACCGAAAUCGGACUACUGGUCGGUUGGGGUGAUCAUGUUUGAGAUGCUGACAAAGCGUCCGUUCGUAGCGUGCCACCCAUCCGGAGUCUUUUGCUACCACGAGGUCCAGUAUCCGGAAGGUGUUGAACUGUCGGCCGAGGCGCGCGAGCUGCUAGAAGGCUUGUUACAGCCCGACGUGGAACGGCGUUUCGAUUUCAAACAGGUCAUCGCCAACCCGUUUUUCGAUAGUGUCGAUUGGGGCGACGUUAAACGUAGGGGCCACGGGAACUCAUAGUGGGU